UCUCAUCCACAUCUCUCUCUCUCUAUCUUUCUCUUUCUUCACAGUUGUAAGAAAUUUGGUCCAGUUUCAUUUGUUCUUAUAUGCAUGGUUAUUAUUUGGAUUUUCUUGAUUUUAGCAAGCUUAUUGAAUGAGAAAUAGUGUUCUCUCUCUCUCUCUUUCUCUAUAACUAAGUCCUUGCUUACUUCUUUCUCUUUGUUUCCUUUUUCUUUGUUUGGGGUUUGGAAAAAACAAGAUUUGUUUGUUGGGUUGAUGCCAAAGGAAGAAGAAACCACAAAGACUAAAGCUUGCUAGAUUAGCUUGAAGAAGAAGAGCAAGAAUAAGAUGAUGAAAAGUUUAAUGAAUCAACAAACUCAAGUACCUGUUGUUGUGGAGGAAAACAUGUCCAAUUUAACUUCUGCAUCUGGUGAAGCAAGUGUUUCUUCUUCAAACAGAAAUGAUAAUUAUCCUCCUCAGUAUAACUUUGCUCCUCCAACUCAACAAGCUCAGCCUCAACAACAAAUCAAGAAGAAGAGAAAUCAACCAGGCAAUCCAGAUCCUGAUGCUGAAGUGAUAGCUUUGUCACCAAAGACACUAAUGGCAACCAAUAGAUUUGUUUGUGAAAUCUGCCAGAAAGGAUUUCAAAGAGAUCAGAAUUUGCAGCUUCACAGAAGAGGACAUAACUUGCCAUGGAAGCUAAAGCAGAGAACAAGCAAAGAAAUAAGAAAAAAAGUUUAUGUUUGUCCAGAACCUAGUUGUAUUCAUCAUGAUCCAGCAAGAGCUCUUGGUGAUCUUACUGGAAUUAAGAAGCAUUUUUGCAGAAAACAUGGUGAGAAAAAGUGGAAAUGUGAAAAAUGUUCAAAGCGUUAUGCAGUUCAAUCAGACUGGAAAGCUCAUUCAAAAACUUGUGGUACCAAAGAGUAUAGAUGUGACUGUGGAACUCUUUUUUCAAGAAGGGAUAGUUUCAUAACUCACAGAGCAUUUUGCGAUGCUUUAGCAGAAGAGAGUGCAAGAGCAAUAACUGGAAAUCCAAUUCUACCAUCUCAAGCUGGUUCUUCCACAUCUAACAUGAAUUUUCAGUUUCAACCAUUUACAACUAGCCAUGAAAUUCCAGUUACAUUUUCUAUGAAGAAAGAGCAGCAAACCGGUUUCAAUUUGAGGCCCGAGAUUCCACCAUGGCUAUUGGUUGGUGGCGGUGGUGGUCCUGCACCGGUGCAACCUAUUGACCUAACCUCAUCGAUCUUCCAGUCCUCUAGGUUUGGUGAUCAGGACUACACGCCGAGCCAAGAGUUCAACCCUAACCCUAGUCUAUCCGGACCAAUGGCUGCCUCUCCACAUAUUUCUGCAACCGCGUUGUUGCAGAAGGCAGCUCAGAUGGGUGCAAGCAUGAGUAACAAAACGACUACUGUUUCUGUUGGACCCCACCAAGUUCACGUGUCUGUUGCUAAUGCUAAUGCUAAUGCUGAGUCUAUUAGCGCAACUGAUUUUGGACUUAAUUUGUCAUCACGUGAACGUUUUGUCAAUAGCUUGGCUUCAUAUGGGAAUAAAGCUGUUGCUAAUGCUACUGCUCCUGCUCCUGCUCCUGCUCCUGCUCCUUCGUCUCUUCAGGAUAUGAUGAAUUCCUUCUCUUCAACUAAUCCUACUGGAUUCGAAGGAUCGAAUUUUGAUGAUCCUUUUGGCAGCAUUGGCGGUAACGAUGAUAUGACUAAGGAUUUUUUGGGUUUAAGACCUCUUUCUCAUACCGACAUUUUCAACAUUGCUGGUCUAGUUAAUACUUCCAACGAAAAUCAAUCCCAAAAUCACAAAACAUGGCAAAGUUAGUUUUAAGCAUAAUACCGCAUAAUGCAGGUUCUUUCUUCCCCACUUUCUGGUCGUUAAUGGCUGUACUUGUUAGAACUAUAUUUUAUUUUAUUUUUUGUGUAUGCUUUUUUUGCUCAGAAUAAAGAGAUAGCUAGAACUGGGAAUUGAGAAAACCCUAGCCUAGAUAGUCUCUUUUGUUGUUACUUAGCUGUUAUGGACAGUGACAUCUUUAUACAAAAAUAGUGCAUUCUGAAGCACUCGGAGGAGUAAAAUUAAAUUCAUGUUAGAA